AUGGAUCAGAUAACGAGGGAGAAGAGUGAGGAUAAGCAUGUGAAGAAGAAAGCUAAGUUAGAAUGGAAACCAUGGGAUUGCGCAAAGCCAAUUGGGGAAGUGAUUAAACGUACUGGUGGCAGAGAAAAGAUCACAUGUCAUUAUGAGACAUUCGAGUUUCAUGGCACACGAUAUGGACUGCAAGAUACAGUGCUUUUGGCUCCGGAAAUCUCUAACCAAAACUACUAUGUUGCGAUCAUCAAGGAUAUUUAUGUAAAAGAAAAAGAUGGACUUGUGAAAUUGGAGGUGCAAUGGUUUUACCGUCGAGAAGAUAUUAAAAUAAAACAAGUUGGAAAGUGGGAAUCUGAAAACUCAAGGGAGAUUUUCUUCAGUUUCCAUCGUGAUGAAGUGUUUGCUGAAUCUGUGAAGCACAAGUGUCUUGUGUAUUUUGUGCCAGAUGAUAAGCAAAUUUCAAAUUAUUCUGAGCAUCCCGACUUCAUCGUGAGAAAGGUUUAUGAUGGUAUCAACAGCAAGUUGAGGAAGUUUUCUGAUAAAGGCUUUAAUGUGCGUCAAAAGGUUGAGAUUAAUAUUCUCGUGGAAAAUACCAUUUCGAGGAUUGCUCAUCUCCUUGACAAUAAUAAUAAUUUCCAAAUGACUAAGAUUUCGAGGCGUAAAAGAUCAGUUAGGAAAAGAUGUGUCUCAUCCAAAACUGAGAUAGAGAGUUCUGGAAACAAUGCUGAGGUUAAUCCGGUCUCUGAGAAGUUAGAAUCAUUACCAUCCAGUGAUUUUGAUCGUGACAAGAAAAUGGUUGAGCUUUUGGAAGCACUACUUCAGCACAUAUGUUGUGCAAGUAAGGAGAAGCAAGCUGGCGAUGUUGAGUUUUUGUCACCAGAUAACGUUAUUGUGGUGGUAUUUGCUCUUGAGGAAGCUUUAUAUGAUUCUUUUGGAGAAGAUACACCAAUGUACAAGUAUAAGUUGGAGCUUCUGGUUGAGAAACUCAAGAACUCACCAGUAUUAGCUAGAAGACUUCUCAGGGGCGGAUUAAAACCUGAACAGGUUAUAAACAUGAAAGGCUAUGAGCUGUCACUGGCUGAUUUUGAACCAAAUUUGGAGUAA